AUGCCCUCGCAACUUACAACGCAGACGUUGCAAGCAGCCGCCCUCUCAGCGGUAUCUAAUCUACUGGCGCAAGGAAUCAAAGCAUACCAAAGUGGUACUGGUCUAAACCUCGUCAGUCUGGCGCAAUUCGUUGUAUUCACACUCAUUUCCUGCCCUCCGAACUGCUUGUGGCAGCAGUACCUGGAAGAGACGUUCCCUGGGUAUGGCGUCGCAGCAGACGGUAGCCGACAGCUGAACAAACGCAACACGGCUAUCAAGUUUGGCCUUGAUCAGACGCUGGGAUCGGUCGUCAAUGUGGCGACUUUCAUCGCAUUCUUUGCAUUUGUCAAUGGGAAGGAUGCUGCGGGCGUACAGCGUGCAGUGUCGAGGGAAACUUUUCCAUUGAUGAAGGCUGGCUGGAAACUCUGGCCAUUGGUGAGUAUUCUCAACUUCACGAUCGUUCCAGUGCACCGAAGAAUUCUAGUCGGGAGCGUGGUUGGUCUGUUCUGGGGAAUAUAUCUCUCUUUGAUUGCGGCGAAAUAA